CCUAGAGCCAGAAGCUCCAGACUAGACCCUGCAACCCUGCUGAUUUCAAGCACCUGCCUCUACAGCUCAGAUGGCAUUGUCCCAGUAUGUUCCCUUCUCAGCUACAGAGCUUCUCCUGGCCUCUGCCAUCUUCUGCCUGGUGUUUUGGGUGGUCAGUGCCUCAAAGUCUCAGGUCCCCAAAGGCCUGAAGAGCCCACCAGGGCCGUGGGGCUGGCCCCUGAUCGGGCACGUGCUGACCCUGGGGAAGAACCCACACCUGGCACUGUCUAAGAUGAGCCAGCAGUACGGGGACGUGCUACAGAUCCGCAUUGGCUCCACGCCCGUGCUGGUGCUGAGUGGCCUGGACACCGUCCGGCAGGCCCUGGUGCGGCAGGGAGAUGAUUUUAAGGGCCGGCCGGACUUCUACAGCUUCACCCUUAUCACCGAUGGCCAGAGCAUGACCUUCAAUCCAGACUCCGGACCAGUGUGGGCUGCCCGUCGGCGCCUGGCCCAGAAUGCCCUCAACACCUUCUCCAUCGCAUCCAACCCGGCUUCCUCGUCCUCCUGCUACCUGGAGGAGCAUGUGAGCAAGGAAGCUGAAGCCCUAAUCAGCAAGUUCCAGGAGCUGAUGGCAGAGGCUGGGCGCUUUGACCCCUACAACCAGGUGGUGGGGUCAGUGGCCAAUGUCAUUGGUGCCAUGUGCUUCGGGCAACACUUCACCCAGGACAGUGAAGAGAUGCUCAGCCUCGUGAGGAACAGCCAUGAGUUUGUGGAAACUGCCUCCUCUGCAAACCCCGUGGAUUUUUUCCCCUUCCUUCGCUACUUACCCAGUCCCACCCUGCAAAGGUUCAAGGACUUCAAUCAGAGGUUCGUGCGCUUCCUGCAGAAAAUAGUCCAGGAGCACUAUCAGGACUUUGACAAGAACAGUGUCCAGGACAUCACAGGUGCCCUAUUCAAGCACAGUGAGAAGGGAUCUGGAACCAGUGGUCACCUCAUUGCCCGGGAGAAGAUUGUCAACCUUGUCAAUGACCUCUUUGGAGCAGGGUUUGACACAGUCACAACAGCCAUCUCUUGGAGCCUUAUGUACCUUGUGACCAAGCCUGAAAUACAGAAAAAGAUCCAGAAGGAGUUGGAUACAGUGAUUGGCAGGGCACGGCAGCCUCGGCUGUCUGACAGACCCCAGCUGCCGUAUAUGGAGGCCUUCAUCCUGGAGACCUUCCGACAUUCCUCCUUCGUCCCCUUCACAAUCCCCCACAGCACAACAAGAGACACGACGCUAAACGGCUUCUUCAUUCCCAAGGAAUGCUGUGUCUUCGUAAACCAGUGGCAGGUCAAUCAUGACCAGGAGCUAUGGGGGGACCCAUUUGAGUUCCGGCCGGAGCGAUUCCUCACUGACAACGACAGUGCCCUCAACAAGCCCCUGAGUGAGAAGGUGCUACUGUUUGGCCUGGGCAAGCGCCGCUGCAUUGGGGAGGUCCUGGCCAAGUGGGAGGUCUUCCUGUUCUUGGCCAUCCUGCUGCAGCAGCUGGAGUUCAGCGUGCCCCCAGGUCUGAAAGUGGACCUGACCCCCAUCUAUGGGCUGACCAUGAAGCACCCCCGCUGCGAGCAUGUCCGGGCACGGCUGCGCUUCUCCAUCAAGUGAAGAAGCCACCACCAUGCCAAUGCAGGGGAGCAGGUGGGGUCACCUAGGGAGUCCAGCCCUUAUGUCUUUUCCUUUCUUUUUAAAAAAUCAAUGGGUUUGUGGAAAGAUAAUUUUUUACCACAUAAUUCACCUUCUUAAAGUGUACAAUCCAACGGCCGUUAGUGUAUUCACAGAGUUGUGCAACCAGCACCACAAUUUUAGAACAUUCUCAUCACCCACAAAAGAAGCCCUGCACCCAUUUGCAAUCUCUGCCCAUUUCUUCCCAACCUUUCUCCCAUGCCCUACCAGCCCUAGGCAACUACUAACGACUUUCUGUCUCCAUAGAUUUACCUACUCUGGACAUUUCAUAUAAAUGGAAUUAUAUAAUGAG